AUUCGUUAGUCGAACAAUCACUUUCAAUGUCGUCAGUCAGUGACUCAGUGACGCCUAUCAAGUACAGACAGACAAAGUUAAAAAUAAUUAAGUAAUUGGAAUAUUCCAAAGAGGUUUUAAUAAAGUUUAAAUAACCAAUAUUCCAAAAAGGUUUUAAUAUAGUUCAGUGAGUGUCCAAAAAUUGUGUCGAUAAUGGAGAAAAUUAAAUGGUUUUUGUUUUGUGUAGUUGUAAGUUUGUGUUCUUGUGAUGGUUAUAAAAUUUUGGCCGUGUUUCCUACGCCGAGUCCCAGUCAUGCUAUCCUUGGAGACAAUAUGGUCAAGCACCUCCUUAAUGCUGGUCACGAAGUAACUUAUGUAACACCGUUCGCACCGAAAAAGAAAAAUCAGACCAACGUACAUUUAGUGGACGUUAGUGAUAUCCAACCAUUUUUUGAUUCGGCAGAAGAAAUGCUGGAUUUCAAACAAAUUCUAGCUGGGUCAGCCGAUCUGCAUGAUUUCAAAGUGAUAUUUGAAUUUUUUUCAACAAUCGCUGACAUGGUACUGGGCAACCCAAAUGUUCGGGACAUGAUGAGGGACCCAAAGCAGAAGUUUGACGUCAUCAUUGUCGAAUACAUGUUCCAUGAUUUGUUUUCCACGUUCUCAGCAGUAUUCCAAUGUCCUUACAUCUGGUUCUCCACUAUAGGACCACAUUGGAUAGUUAUGAACCUGGUGAGCGGUCCUAUGAACCCAGCCUAUACUAGCGACUACCUUCAAGCUCAAGUGCCUCCCUUCACUUUCAUGGGAAGAGUUCGGGAGCUAUGGACGCAAAUUAAAGGAUUAUAUAAUAAUAAAUUUGAUUUCUACUAUGUUGAAGAAGCCAUAUACCAAAAGCAAGUAGUCCCUAUCCUAAAGGAGCUAGGAAAACCAGUACCUGAUUAUAAUGAGCUAAAAUAUAACGGAUCACUACUGUUCGGCAACUGGCAAGUAGCCAUUGGUAAUGCGGUGCCAAUGCCACCAAGCUAUAAGGACAUUGGGGGUUUCCACAUUAACGAAGAAGUCAAGCCAUUACCAGAGGAUCUGAAGAAAAUUAUGGACAAUGCCAAGAAUGGUGUGAUUUACUUCAGCAUGGGUUCCAAUUUGAAGAGCAAGGACUUACCAGACGAUCUGAAGAACGGUCUGAUGGAGGUGUUUGGAGGGCUGAAGCAGACAGUUUUAUGGAAGUUUGAGGAGAAUCUACCAAACCAGCCUAAAAAUGUCCACAUCGUGCAGUGGGCGCCACAACAGGGCAUAUUGGCCCAUCAAAAUUUGAAGUUGUUCGUCACUCACUGUGGUCUUCUAUCACUCACUGAGGCGGUUCACUAUGGAGUUCCAGUCAUUGCCAUCCCUGUCUUCGCUGACCAGUUCCGCAACGCGAACCAAGCCCGAAAUAAGGGUUAUGCAGAAAGAAUUGACCUUUCUUACAACUUACACAAGGACCUGAAGGUCGUUUUAGAUAAAGUUCUUCCUGAUCUUCCCAGAUACACGGCCAAAGCAAAGGAGAUAUCCGCAGCAUACCACGACAGUCCAAUGAAGCCAGGAGAGGCGUUGAACUUCUGGGUGGAGCACGUGGUGCGCACGCGCGGCGCCCCACACCUGCGCUCGGUGGCGCUACAAGUGCCGCUGUACCAACAAGCGUACCUAGAUCUGCUAGCUGUGCUACUGGCAGCUGCUGUUGGUAUAUUACUGGUGGUUAGGAGAAUAUUCAGUUUAUUGACAUCAAAGAGUACGAAACUGAAGAAGAAUUAAUAACCCGUUCAGAAGAUGAGCCAUAACGUAGCGGUAAUGCUGUAAGAUGGGAGAAGAGUAGAUAUUAUUUAUUUUUUAACGUUUAUUUUGUUAUAAGUGAUUGUUAAUAAAAAAUAUAGAAUAAUA